UGCGGCUGACGUCACGUCGCGGGUCAGGGGUCAGGCCGGAGAGCGGCGGCUGCUUGGUGACCCUCCUCUGGGCACCGACCGACCGACCGACCGACCGACCGACCGUGUCUGUCAGCUGGAGAGCGGCGGCAGCGUGAUCGGAACCGGUAAGGAACAGAAAUAAUCAGGGGGAAGGGCAACACGCACAAAAGGCUGUCGGCCUCGUCUUUGGAGGGAAAUAGACGGCCGGGACCCUUCAGUAGGACUUCCGCGUACCAUAAUAGAAUGCCAUGGAAGCUGGCAGAAAUUUCCCAUUACUAUUCUGCAUCGUUGUUAUUGGCAGCAAACUGAGACCCCAUGAAUAAUCUGAAUGCACCAGGAGAGGAUUGGAAUAUCUUACCCAAUCGCAGAGAUGGAGAAGGUGGUGGAAGCAAAUGGAACUAUGCUCUACUAGUUCCUAUGUUGGCUCUUGCUGCCUUCCGAUGGAUCUGGUCAAGGGAAUCCCAGAAAGAAAUAGACCAAGUGAAAACAGCAUGCAAGAACACGCUAGCAACUACAGAGACAAAUCUGAAAUUGAUGUAUGAAGACGUCAUUGUUCAGAAUCGACGUUCACUUGCGCGCUGUGAGCUGGAGCAGGAGAAGCUCAGAAGCAAAGUCCAAAGUUAUCGUGAAGCACUUUCUGCACAGAGCCAUCGGCUAGUUGAAGAACGCCGGCAGCUGGAACAAGAGUGGAAAAAUAUAGAGGGGGAAAAGCGCUCCCUGCUACAGUCGGGAGUAGCUGGGGUUCUGUACCGGGAUUUGGUGCAAAAAGAAAGAGAGUGGGAAUCUCGAGCUAGAGCACUCAUAAGAGAAUAUGAAAAUUCCCUGGUCAACAGGCAAAAUCUUUUCUGCAGUUUCUUUAGUCCGAAACAAGAAAGACUUGAAUUAGAGAGGAAGAUGCUCAGCCAAGCUGCAGCCAAUCCAAUUGCUAAAGAGUUGGGCAUCGACAAUGAUUUGAAAUAUAUCUUUAACUAUGAAACACACUGUGCAAAUGUACAAAACACAGACAAAAGAAAGAAUGGCAGGAUAUUGUGGGUUUAUCUGAAAUAUUGGGAACUUCAAGCCGAGCUGCGAAAAUUGAAAAAAGUUGAAAAAGCCUUUUUGAAUAAUCAGGUUAAUUAGAAUACUGGUCAUUUAAAACAAAUACAAAGAAGACAUCUGCAGAGAAAGCAGUGAAAAAUGGAGACCAUUUAAUGGCUCCUGUUACGAUCAGUCUACAAAACACAGCAUAAUUUGUAACACACACAAAAUGCGGGAGGAACUCAACAGGUCAGGCAGCUAUCAACAUUUCAGGCCCACCCCAGCCCUUCAUCAGACGGUGCACUUUGUGAUUAAGUAAUAUACUAUUUAUGUGUUCUGGUUCUACAUAACUGUUAGAUACAGAGAUCACAGAGAAAAAAAGUAAAACACCUGCACUCUUGCUAUGAGAAUUUCCACUGGACUGGAAUGCCUCAGUUUAUACCAUAAAUACAAAUUAAUCUCAGCACAUUUUGGAGCUGAUAAUUCCCAUUUUCAGGACUCUGAUCAAUGAUAUCUCCUGACCUGAAACUAUUUUAGAUUCCCUGAUUGUGAACAAAUGAAUUUGUGGCCCUUGCUUUAUUAGCAUAGAACAGUACAGCGUAGGAACAGGCCCCUCAGCCCACUAUAUUAUACCAACGCACCCCCCCCCCCCCCCGACAAAUCCUUCCUACCUACACAAUGUCCAUAUCCCUCCAUCUUCCUCAUAUUAAUGUGCCUAUCUAACUGUCUCUUAAAAGUCUUAACAUAUUUGCCUCAACCACCAUACCAGGGAGCACAUUCACGACUCUGGGUGAAACAAACUCGCACCUCACAUCCCCUUUGAACAUACCCCUUCGCCUUUAAUGCUUGCCCUCUGGUAGUAUACAUUUCUACCCUGGGAAACAGAUACUCUCUGUCCACUCUUAUCUAUGCCUCUCAUAAUCUUAUAAACCUCUGUCAGAUCUCCCCUCAGCCUCUGCUGCUCCAGUGAAAGUAACCCAAGUUUAUCCAGCCUCUUGGAAUCGCAUAUGUUCUCUAAACCAGGCAGCAUCCUGGAAAACCUCUUUUGAACCCUUUCUGUCCCAACAUCCUUCCUGUGGUGGGGCGUCUGGAACUGUAUGCAGUUCUCCAGAUGUGGCUCAGCCAGAGUUCUAUAAAGUUGCAACAUAACCUCUUGGCUUUUGAACUUAGUGCUUCGACUAAUAAAAACAAGCAUUUCAUCCUUCAAAGUUGAAUUUUUCUCCAGUGAAAUUCAAUCAUUUAAUGGAUUUUGUUUGUCACUCUCACAUUGUUAUCAUUAGGCUCCUGAGUCAGGUAUUGUAUUAGUUGAACACUGAGGUCAAAAAUCAAGAGGUUCUGAUGCAACUUUAUAAAACUCGGAUUAGGCCACAUUUGGGAGUAUAGUAUACAGUUCUGGUUGCUCCACUAUAGGAAGGAUGUUGAGGCUUUGGAGAGGGUGCAAAAGAGGUUUAGAGGGCAUGUGCUAUCAGGAGAGGCUGGAUAAACUUGGGUUGUUUUCUUUGGAACGCGGAGGACUGAGGGGAGAUCCAAUAGAGGUUUAUAAGAUUAUGAGAGGCAUAGAAAGAGUGGACAGAGAGUAUCCCUUUCCCAGGGUUGAAAUGUCAAAUACCAAAGGGCAUGCAUUGAAGGUGAGGGGAUAGGUUCAAGGGGUAUGUUUUUUUUACUCAGAGUGGUGGAUGUCUGGAAUGCGCUGCCUGGUACAGUGGUAAAGGCAAAGGAGGUUUUGAAGAGACGUUUGGAUAGGCACCUGGAUGUAAGGAAGAUGGAGGAUCUGGACACGGGGGUAGGUAGGAGGAGGGAUUAGUGUUUGGGUGUUUUGGAUUUGCUUUUUAGCUGAUUCAGCACAACAUUGUGGGGCAAAUGUCUGUUCCUGUGCUGUACUGUUCCAUGUCCUAUUGUUCAUUCAAAAAUAUCAGCUUAGUAAUUAAUCUAACAUUGUAUCCUAAACAUAACUGGACUUGCUGUUUAUGGGUCUCGCAGACUUGAAAUGUUUCAUUUGCUUGAAGGAAGCCCAUCAUACACAAUGAUGCCAUAUGCUUUAGCCUACACAAUUUUAACCAUCAGAUUCAUUUGAAUAUUGGAGAUCCACAAGCAUCAUCAGGCACUUACAUUUUAAGCAGGUUUUAACUAGAGAAUCAUGGCUUGUUUCAGCAGGUAGGGAAUUGUUCUAGGAACAAUUUGAUUGAAACCUUUCUCAAAAGCUGUUCAGCACUAAGGGUUUAAAUUUGUGUAAAUUUAUGAGAUUGUCGGACUAACCUACAGAAAUAUUAUUAUGAGAUGGCAACUCAGUGCAAGUGAAAGGUGAGCAAUGUAAUCUUGUCCUAUCGUCACCUAGCAGUUCUUCUCUUUUUACGGAGGUAUCCUCACUUUCACUGAAUGAAAAUACUGGUUAAUACUAUGUGUGUACAAUCAGCCACGGACAGACUCAAUGGGCCGAGUGGGCGCAAUCUACUCCUGUGUUUUGUAGUCUUGUCAGUUACUCAUUGUUGGCAUAUGCUGUUUACUCCUUUUAAUUUCCAAUACCUUGUUUUCUUAAACAGCACCCUAAAUAACACACACAAAAGUCAGCAGGGCAGACCGCAUCUAUGGGAAAGAAUCAGUUGAGAUUUGGGGCUGAGACCUUUUAUCGAGACUGGGGGGGGGGGGGGGGGGGGGGAGAUGCCAGAAUAAAAAGGUGGGAAGAGGGAAAGGCAACUAGCUGGAAGGUAAUAGGUGAAUCCAGGUGGGUGGGAAAGGUCAAGUGCUGGAGAAGAAAGAAUCUGAUAGGAGAGGAGAGUGGACAAUAGGAGAAAGGGAAGGAGGAGGGCAUCUGGGGGAAGUAAUAGGCAGGUGAGAAGGUCAGAGUGGGGAAUAGAGGAAGGAGGGGGAAAUUUGUUCACCGGACGGAGAAAUCAAAAUUCAUGCUAUCAGGUUGGAGGGUACCCAGACAGAAUAUGAGGUGUUGCUCCUCCAUCCUGAGGGUGGCCUCUUCUGGGCACAAAAGGAGGCCAUGAAUUGACAUAUGGGAAUGGGAAUUAAGAUGUUUGGCCACUGGGAAGCACCACUUGUCAUGGAUGAUGGUAGGUGCUUGAUGCACCUUGGCUCUCACCACUGUAGAGGAGGCCGCAUCAGGAGCACAACAGAUGGCCCCAGCAGAUUUGCAGGUGAGGUGUUGCCUCACUUGGAAGGACUGUUUGGGCCCUGAAUAGAGAAGAGGGAGGAGGUGUAUGGGCAGGUGUAGCACUUAAAAAUAUGAUAAAUGCAUAAAUGAAGUCAUUCCCAUUCCCAUUCUGACAGUCCUGGGAGUCCAUGGCUUUCCCUACUGCUAUGAUGAGGCCACAGUCAGGAUGGAGGAGUAACACCUUGUAUUCUGUCUGAACAGUCUCCAAUCCGAUGACAUAAACAUUGAUUUCUCGAACUUCCAGUCAUUGCCCUCUACUUCCCAUUCCCAUUUCCCUCUCUCACCUUAACUCCUUACCUGCCCAUCGCCUCCCACUGAUGCUCCUCCCUCUUCCCCUUCUUCCACGGCCUUCUAUCAGAUUCCUGCUCUAUAUCUCUUUCACCAAUCGAUCUCCAGCUCUUUAUUUCAGCCCUCCCCCUCUCACGAUUUCACCUAUCACCUUGUGCUACUUGCUCCUCUCCCCCAUCUCUUUUUCCAGUCCUGAUGAAGAAUCUCAGCACAAAAUGUCAAUUGUUUACACUUUUCCACAGAUGCUGCCUGGCCUGCUGAGUUCUUCCAGCAUUUUGUGUGUUUUACUUUGAUUUCCAACAUCUGCAGAGUUUCUCUUGCUUUUGUUCUUCCAUUGGUUAAGGUGAUGGUCCUUUGCGUUUUCCGGUAUAAAAAUAAUGGGAGGCACAGAUGGAUUUCAAUUUCAGCAAUAACCAAAUCAGAAUGCAACCUAGAAGUAUUUAUAAUCAGUUGUGCCAAUAUGUAUCAAACUCCCAAAUACUUCCACAUUAGGAACAGACGUCAAAAUGUACUCAUAGAUGUCAAAAUGUACAUUAGACCUGGUUACCAAACCUUGCACAAUUCAGUGGUCCAAAUUAUGGAUGAUUUGAUUUUUGGACUGUGUAGGAGCUAGGUAUCUGUUCUCUAUCUGCUUUGUAUUCUGUGCUACAGGGUUUAUUAUUAUGGUAACUAGUCACAUUAGUGGGAGCGUGGUUAAAGCAAAGAGAGUAAAUUACGUAUUCUUGCUUACUUUGUGACAGUUUGUGGCUUGUGACCAGCAGAGGUCAAAUCUUUGCUGAUCACAUCAAGAUUGUAUGUUUGCUAAUUGCUAAUAGAGGUUCUGACUCUGGAACAAUCAUUUCAUUGGAGCUGAGGGUGCAUCAUGAAGUAUAACAACCCCGUAGUGCUCGCAGGCUAAUGGUAAUUAUUUUGUUUUGAUUUUGGAUUAGUUUUAUCUGCAACAAUGGCCUAUAUAAGGAUAUGGAAAAUCAUUGGUAAGGGAAUUUGGAUUAUAUAUGUGGUUUUAAAUCACUUUUGUUUAGGAGUGAUUACUUUUGGACUUUGCUAUUUUAAAAAAAAGUUCCCUUGUUUUUACAGAUUCAGAUUGUGUUUUCAUCAAGUGACUGGAUUGAAUUUGAGAUUUCUGGAUGAAGUGUGAUUAGUAUUGGAAUCGCUAAUUAUUGAAUAUGCAUAAAUAACUGAAUUAUUUUAAUUCUGCAUCUUUUAGAGAUUUUGGGUGAAAAUAUGAUUUUGUUUGAAUAUUUCAUUUGAUGUAUAACUUUUUAGCAGUAUCUUAUUUUUCACCAUAAAACUGACUUGAGUUGAAACUGAUAAACUAUUCAAUAAAAUGAUACAUCCCAGUAUUUUCUUGUCGAUAAUUAAUUAUUUUUAAUAAA